CCUGUCGCCACCACUGACAGCCUCCGCAUACUCCUUCCCUCAUCGGUGGCUGAGUUACUUGCUGCUGACCUGCUGCUCACUCCUUCCCUCCGCCGCAAUCACCGCUUCUUCCUCGUGAUCCAGGUAGAAGAGUGAAAGAGAAAAGGAUCAGAGUCAUUUGUACAAAAUGCUUCAGCACCAAAUUGUGCAAUCCCCUGCUAGGCUAGGCCUCACAAACCCGAAUUCACCAUCCAUUCCGAAUCCUACUCCCCCAAAGCUCCCUCCCUCACAGAGCCAUCAUCACCAGCCCCACCUAGACCGCCACGCAGCUGGCCCUUCUGCAGCUCUGCUCUCUCUUCUCCCACCUCUCCCUCGAGCACAAGCACUUCUUCAACAAAUGGCUUCCUUAACUUCUAAGCUCUUUGAAGUUUCACCCAACAGGUCGCUUUGGGUCACUGCAUUCCGAGGAUCCAUCCCCACCUUCCUUUCUACCCAAGGCCAAGCUCAUUCAUCGACCCCACAUGAUUCUUCUCCUUCCACAACCAAAGAAGUUAUUUCACAAUUCACUAUUCUUCAAACUCAGAUCUUUGAAGCUGUCGCUGAACUCCAAGAGAUUCUUGAUCUGCAAGAUGCUAAGCAGAAGAUUGAUCGGGAAAUUCGCUCAAAAGAUUCAGCACUUCUUGCAUUUGCCAACAAACUCAAAGAUGCUGAGCGGUGUCUCGACAUUCUUGUUGAUGAUUACUCUGAUUAUCGCCGCAGCACCAAGAGGUUGAAAUCGGGAGAUGACAGUGAAGAUGAUUCUUUGACAUCCUCAACUGUCUCAUCCCAGCUGAAGCUAUCAGAUAUAUUAUCAUAUGCUCACCGGAUAAGUUAUACAACCUUUGCGCCACCAGAAUUUGGAGCUGGGCAAGCCCCUUUGCGUGGUGCACUGCCACCUGCGCCACAAGAGGAGCAAAUGAGAGCUUCACAGUUAUAUAACUUUGCUGACCUUGAUGUUGGAUUGCCUAAAGUUGUUGAAACGAAAGAGAAAACAAUUGAGGCCAUUAUUGAGCCUCCACUUCCACAGCAAGUGGAUGCCAAUUUGUCUGCAAUUCAAGGGUUGCUUCCACCAAAUUUUACAGUUCCGCCUGGCUGGAAGCCUGGAAUGCCUGUGCAAUUGCCUAUUGAUCUUCCACUUCCCCCACCUGGGUGGAAACCUGGGGAUCCUGUGCCAUUGCCACCCAUGGACUCACUUCCUGCACCAAGGUUUGAGCAGCAACAAGUACCCCAUCACAUCCCUCAGCCUAAGCAACCUGAAGUCAUUCAAGUGCAGCAUGUUAAUUUGGAUCUUGACGGUAGUGAUAGUAGCGAUUACAGCAGUGAUGAAGCCAGCUCUGAUGAUGAAGAUUGAGAAAAUGAUGAAGCUCAUUAGCUCAAACUGACAAUUGUAUAGGUUUGUGCACAAUCUUGAUGAGGAUUGAGGAACUUUCUGUUACAUGACAUGCCAAUCAUCUCUAUUACUGGAACAGUGGUUGGAUAGAGGAUAAAUUGCCUUGCCUUACAUUACAUUCCAACAGUGGCGAGCCUUGAUAGAGGAU